AUGUCCAUUAUAAAUAAUGGUAAUAUAAAUGGUAAUGGUCAAAAUAAUGAUGAUAUUGCAUCAAAUCUACAAGCAUUAGAUUUAAAUAAUAAACAACAACAACAACCACCACCAUCUAAACUGAAAAGAUCAAGAAGAGCUUUUCAUACUGAAUUUAAUUCACCAACUUCAAAUACUCCAUUAAAUAGUCAAUCACCUUUAAUACCUCAACAACAACAAUUUCAACAACAAUUUCAACAUCCUAAUACUCAAAAUAAUCAACAUUUCCAACAAUCACCGAUACAUUCAAAUACCCACACCCUUCCAAAUGAUCUACAACAAAAUAAUAUUUCUCAAUCAACUUCAACUGUACCUUCAUUACUGGAUCAUAGAUAUUCAGAACAAUUAAUAUAUUCAAUUCCAGAUGAUCAAGGAAAUUAUAAAUCAUUUGAAACAUUUUCUCAAACUGUACCACCAGAUUCAACAAUACAAUUUCAUUCAACAGAUCAAGGUACUGCUUCAUCAAAAUUUAUAAGAUCAACAAUGUAUUAUGUACCAGAAACUGAAAAAUUAAGACUGACAACAAAAUUACCAAUGGCAGUUACUAUAAGACCUUUUGCACCUCAAUUAUCUUCAGAAAGACCAAUUGAAACUGUAGAAUUUCAAAAUGAUUCACCUUCGGUAAAUGAUAAAGAUUCUUUAGAUAAUGGUCCUUUAAGAUGUAAUAGAUGUAGAGCAUAUAUUAAUCCAUCUAUGCAAUUCACUCAUAACCAAAGAUUUAUAUGUAAUAUUUGUCAAUUUUCAAAUAAUUCAGUACCCAAUACAUACGCAUCACUUUUAGAUGCUCGUGGAUAUAGAGUAGAUAAAUUUAUUAGACCAGAACUACAUCAUAGUGUUUAUGAUAUAAAAGUACCAAAAGAAUAUAAUUUUGGUGGAAAUGAAAAAGUUCCUGAACCAUUACAUGUUGUUUAUUUAAUUGAUAUAACUGAAAAUAGUAUAAAACAAAAUUUACCAACUUUAGUAUCAGAAUCAAUAAAAUCUUCAAUUUUUGAUUCACAAAUUCAAUCUCCUAUUAAAAUAUCAAUAAUAGCAUUUGAUAAAAAAUUACAUUUUUUUAAUUUAUCUUCAAAAUUAGAUAAAACUCAAAUUAGUAUUUUAUCAGAUUUAGAUGAUCCAUUUAUUCCAUUUGAUGAAGGAUUAUUUGCAGAUCCUAUAGAAAGUCAAUUUGUAAUAGAAGAUGUUUUAAAUUAUAUUGAAAAUUUAUCAAAUUCACCUGUAAAAGUAUUUGAUUUAGAACCUUGUUUUGCAGUUGCUUGUAAAACUGCUGGAUUAGCUUUAGAAAUGCAUGGAGGUGGUAAAAUAAUUUCAGUAUUAAGUAAUUUACCAUCUUGGGGUCCAGGUGGGUUAAAAUAUAAGGACAACAAGGCUAUUGGAAGAACUCCAACUCCAGAAGUUGAAAAAAAAAUAUUUUUACCAGAUAAUGAAUAUUAUAAAAAUUUGACAAAAAAUUUUGUUGAAAAAAGUAUUGGAAUUGAUUUACAUAUUGUUUCUCAUACACCAGUUGAUUUAUCAAAUUUAGGUUAUUUUGUUUCAACUACUGGUGGUGAUAUAACAAGAUGGACUAAUUUAAAUUAUGAAAGAGAUGGUCGUUUUUUUAUUUCAAAAUUUAAAAAUUCUUUAAUUAAUACAACUGGAUAUCAAGGACAAUUAAAAUUACGUAGUUCAAAUGGUUUACAAGUUGCUCAAUAUUAUGGUACAUCUUCAUCAAAUAAAGAAACUACUAUUGGAGGAACUAUACAAGAUCCUAUAAUACCAAUAUUAAAUAAAGAUCAAACUUUUACAAUUUUAUUAAGUUAUGAUGGAACUUUAAGUCGUAAAUUAGAUUGUCAUUUUCAAGUUGCAUUAUUAUAUACUGAUAUAACAGGUGAAAGAAAAGUUCGAGUUAUAAAUUUAGUAUUAGCAGUUACAAAUAAAUUAGAAGAAGUAUUUCAUUUUACUGAUGAAAAUGCAAUAGUUACAACUAUUGUUAGAGAUACUUUAUCAUUUUUAGGUAAUCAAACAUUAAAUGAAUUAAGAGAAUCUUUAAAUAAUAAAUUAGUUGAUGUUUUUACAAGAUAUAGAAUAAUGAAUGAAUAUGGUCAUAAUAAAUCAUCAACAUUUACUAACAAGCUAUUAUUUCCAGAAUCUUUAAAACAUUUACCUAUAUAUAUAUUAAGUUUUUUAAAAACUAAUGCUAUUAGAAGUUCAACUAAUUUAAGUGCUGAUUCAAGAUUAGUUGAUUUAUUUAAUAUGUUAAAUAUGCCAAUUGAAAGAUUAAUGUAUCAUUUAUAUCCAAGUUUAAUUGAAAUACAUUCUUUAAAACCAGAAGAAGGUAUUGUGGAUGAUGUAACUGGGUUUACAAGUUUACCACUAUUUAAAGAUUUGACAAUUUCAAAUUUAGAUCGUGGUGUAUAUAUAUUAUGUGAUGGUAUAAGAGUUUAUAUAUGGAUUGAUCCUCAAUCAAAUAUAAUGUUAAUUAAAGAUUUAUUUGGUGAACAAUAUGAAAAUAUUGAUGAAAUUGAUCCAUUUUUAGAUGAAUUACCGGAUUUAUCAUCUGAAAUUUCUCAACAAACAAGAACUUUAGUUGCAUUUUUAAAUAUAUUUAUAAUUGGAGUUGAUACAUCAUCAAUUUUAAUAGUAAGAAAAGGAAUAGAUGGAUUUGAAAAUUCAUUUAAAGAAUUAUUAAAAAAUGAUAGUCUUGGUGGUGCCCUCAAAGCAUCUAAUGGUCCAAAUUUUAAUGAAUAUUUAAGUAGUUUACAUAAAGCUAUUAAAGUUCAAUUAGAUAGUGAUAAGUCAUCACAAGUUAUAAGACAAUCUAUAUCAAAUGUUGAACAUGAUACAGAAACUUUAGCUCAACGAUUUAUUAAUUUUUAA